AUGAAGUUAACGAGAACUACAGUUACCCGCCCCGACCACAUAUUUUCACUUCAUAAUAACAAUAAAAUUACCGGUCCUGAUAUUCCCGGGUUCCUCCUUCAACCUUUCAGAAAACCAAAGAGGAUAAGGACUGCAUUCAGUCCAUCCCAAUUACUGAAAUUAGAACACGCUUUCGAAAAGAACCAUUAUGUGGUAGGCGCCGAGAGGAAACAAUUGGCGCAGUCACUGUCACUAACGGAAACACAGGUGAAAGUAUGGUUCCAAAACAGGCGGACGAAACACAAGAGGAUGCAACAGGAAGAAGAGGCGAAGACGGGGGGUCACAAUGGCCAGAAGUCUUCUUCUCCCAACAGUCAACAGAGCAACAGCCAUCAUAGUAGCAAAUGGAAAGAGGAAACGACAGACGAAUACGGUGAAUACAUAGACAUGGACAUGGAGGAUGAGUGUGUUAGUGAUGUUGAAAGCGAAUCGUGAAUGAUUCAAUACGUAGAACCAAAUGAGCAAGGGAGAGAUCAAAGGUGUAUUUUUGAAAAGGUGGCCAUUGUAUGUCCAGCGAAAGAAUGCAAUAUGAGAAACGAUGAAAGGUGUCGAAGCAACCAGUAGGUGAUGUAGUAUAUAAUAUUCGACCUGACUUUCCCUUGUCGAUUUGGUUCUUAACGGUAUGUAAAUAUUGUGUGAGUGCAAAAAUUCCUCGACAAAUUGCAAUAAAAUACGCGACCAUGUCGUAAUGCCAAGGACUCGUGCCAAAAGAACGUCUGUCGUUCGUUAUAGUGCCAACUGAAGAAAAACUAAAGGUCCUGUUGUUAUUAUUAAUGUAUAUUUAUAAGAUCAAACGAACUUACCUUAAGUGAUGUUCGAUCUUGAUUAUAUUACGGUCCCGUCGAAGUAAAUAAAGAAGUCUGUAGUACCUCCGUUCUGCGUUUCCGG